ACGUCAGUCUGCGGGAAGAAUUUUGAGAACAAGGAAGCGGCAGCCCUUCCAUCAGCUGAUCUUCUGCACUGAACCUUUCUGACAAGGUGUGUGCACUCCUCCCCCAACAGAGCUAUAUACAGAGCUCAGUGCUUGUUUUGCUUUCAUUUUUAAACUACACUUAGAGCUAAGAAGACCAUGGAGAGCUCUUCAUCUACAGCAGAAGACGCAUGUCCAGUGUGUAGGGGUGCAAUCACAGAUCCUUCACAGCCGUCCCCAUGCUGCAACAAAGUUUUUUGCAAGUCUUGUCUAGCCCAGUCCACCAGCAUAAGGUACCACUGUCCACACUGCAGGACCCCCCUGCCUGGUCAUGGUGCCCAAAGGCCUCGCAGGGCUGGACUCCUCAUGCAUCGUCUUCCAGGGCUGGCUGAUGGCGAUGGCUCUUUCAGGACUGCACAACCUGUUGGCAACAACAUAAACGCUCUCAUCAGCCAGCUAAGAGAUGCACGCACACAAUUAGAACAGAUGUCCAGUUCUUCAGCUGGUGGCCCGGUCAGUCAGGCUUCUCCAGCUCCAGCUGCACAGGCCGCUCCUCCUCGUUUGGUCUUUCCUAUUCUGAGAAGGCCAAUUCCCAGACCACGUGCUCACCCCCCAGCUGCUGCUCCUGCUCCUCCACUGAUCACUGCCAUUAACCCUGUUGCUGCUGCAGCCCCCCCUGCACCACUGCCCCCAGCCCCAACACCAGCUCCAGCUCCAGCUCCAGCAAACUCCAACCCUCAUAUAAUUUCUGACUCCUCAUCUGACGAGUUUGAUGAAAUGGCUUGGCGAACUGAAAUUGAACUCAUGGAACAUGCCUCAGGACUGCCACCAGGCCCCAUUGUGAGAACGUUUAAAUGUCCGUACUGUCAGGAGGAUGGACUGGAUGAUCUGGAUCUGCGAGACCACUGCAAUGACAACCAUCUGAGUGACCCCAGACGUGUGGUGUGUCCUGUGUGUGUGUCACUGCCUCAUGGUGACCCACUGUUCCACAGCAGGGACUUCAUCGGCCAUCUCAACCUACGCCACUGCUACUACAUUCAGGACAUAACUAACGUCAACCAGAGUGAUGAAGUCAACUUACAGGCUGCUUUACUGAGAUCAUUCUCAAACGCCAAUUAAACUGUACACUUACCAAAAACAUAUUUCAAAAAAGAAAAAUGACAGGGAUGAGAAACCUUCAAGUGCCUUUAUUUCAUUACAUAAUACAAUGUAUAUAUACGUUACUCAGCUAUUAAUGAAACUGAAUACUUGCACUUUUUCUCUGUCAGCUAGCAUUUUUACGUUUGACUGUACAUAUCUUGCCUAGUCAAAUAGCAUGAUUCGUUGCUAGUAGGGACAUUGUCUUUGCAAGUAAUAGCUUUAGCUAGGUUGUGUGUUAGCAAACUGUCGCAACAACUGUUAUCACAAUGAAGGGAUAAUUUCUUUUAAAACAGCAAACAUUGAUUAUAUGACUGUAGAGCAAGAAUACUUUUGCUUUUUACAAUUGCAUUUAAAAUGUAAUUAUUUAUUUAUUUAGUUUUAUUCCUAUUUCUUACCCUUUUGGAAGGCCAAUUUUGAAUCCCUGUCCAUAUGAACUCCCCUUCUCACUAGUAAUGCCCCCUACACCCGGAGGCUGAAGACUAGGACAUGCCUCCUCCAAUACAUGUGAAGUCAGACUCUGCCUCUUUUCAAACUGCCGCUUACGCAGCAUCACCAGCACACUUGGAGGAAAGCGCAGUGACCCAGCUGUGAUACAUCAGCCAACAGGUGUCUGCGCUGUUCCAGCAUUACACUUAGAGUGAUGUGGGGAGAGAGACAUCCUCCCCACAUCACUCCCACCCAGAAAUGGCUGUCCCAAUUGCGCUCCAGCUGCUGAUUGCAAUCAGUAUGAUCUGGGUUUCCAACCUGCAGUGAUUCUCGGAUCAUAGUGACGGAGCUCACCAGCUUUUUCAUGUCUUUAGCCGUGCCUGACAGCUUUUGCUCUUAUCAGAUCUUUUCCUAUGUACCAGUCUAACUUUCCUCACCACUUCCUCCAUCCUGUGUAAACAUACCCAACCACUAAGAAAACAUGACCUACAUUUAACAAAAAAAUGGGUUUUGGGUUCAAAUCACAGCACAAAAUACAGCACUUUAUUUUAUAGAAUGGAUAUUGCCAUCAAACAAAGUAGCAGCAAUAAUGAAAAAUUAAUACUGUAAAUUAUAUUUUAUUUUUUAGUGUUUAGUAGCACAGCUUUAAGGAAGCAGCGUCUUUGCCAUUUUAACUGCCACUGUCAGAUCACCACUUAACCACCGGAACAUUUAACCACUUCUUCUAAUCUGAGGUGAAUGUUCCAGGAAUUGUUUUGGUGGUUUUAGAAUUUCCAGUAUGGUGUGUAAAUACCCAAAGUAACCUAUAUUCAUCAUCACACAACACAAAAAAAAUAUAUACAUGACCAUUUUUUUAUUUUAUCUUUUACUAAAUACUUUUAUAUAACUACUUAUAUAAGCACUUUCUCCACUCUAAUGGUACAAAGCAACAUAUGUGACAAAUGAACUUGUAAAUAAUAUUAAAUCUGUAACUGUAAUCCUUAAGAGUAUGUUAGAUAUUUACACUGCCUCUAAAAUCAAUGAGACUUAUCUAAUACUAUAAUGUUUUAUGGUUGUAUAUAUAUUUAAUAUUAUGGCUGGAUUCUGGUUCUCUAAAAUGACGAAUCAAUUUGCAUUGGCACUAAUUGCACUUCUCAGGUUAAAAAUAUGCUAACUAUGCUUAACUCUUUAAAUAGGGUACUAAACUGUACAUGUGCAAUAAAAGAGUUGAAAACUA